GCUUCACAUGUCCCAUUCUUCUGAAUCAGAUAAUCCUUUGUCAACAUGGCUUCUCCUCGUGAUUCCACACGCGGCUCAGUCGAUGUCAAAGUCAGGAUUGAAUGGGAAGAAAACACUCAGACCCGCGACCCUCUACUGGAGCCCUACGACCUCAUCAGAGACAAAACCCCCGAACAGCUCAAAUCACUCAAUAGAGCUGUUAAAUUUCUGCCGAUGGUGUGCGCCAUGCUUAUGAUGAAUUAUCUAGACCGCAUCAACGUUUCCAACGCACGACUUGCCGGCAUGCAAGAUGAUCUGCACAUGUCAGACAUCAUGUGGUCCGCCGGUAUCUCGCUUUUUUACGUGGGAUAUAUCAUUUCGCAGGUUCUCGCGAAUGUCAUCAUCGCGAAGGGAAAGCCACGAACUUUGCUUCCAUGCUGUAUGAUCGGGUGGUCGAUCACCACCAUAUGCAUGCCCCGUGAAGGCCCCUUUGUGCCAGCGGUGUCGUUGAUGACAUCGUCUUGGUACACAAAGCAUGAGUCUCUCCUCCGUAUGGGAACUUGGCACGCUGGAAACACCAUUUCGCAGGCCGUUUCGGGCCUCCUAGCUGCUAAAGUCCUCCGCAAUAUGAAUGGUAUAGCUGGGCUAUCACCAUGUCAAUGGUUCUUGCUUCUUGAGGGUAUUGUCAGCAUCAUUGUUGGUCUAGCCAGCUUUUGGCUUAUUCCCAACUUUCCCGAGUCGACUGGCACCUAUUUUUUAACCGCCGAGGAGUCGCAAAUGGCCCAAUACCGGCAAACUGUGUCAGCUGGCGGUCGAACUGAAGACGACGAGGGCGACUAUUGGGGAGGAGUAUGGAUGGCACUCAAAGACCCAUUCACAUACCUCUUCUCUGCUAUACAUUUCUCCCUAAUCAUCGCCCAGUCUUAUAAAGACUUCUUUCCAUCCAUCCUUACUACUCUUGGAUUUGGGACUACCGAGACGUGCCUUAUUCAAGCGCCACCUCCAAUCAUUGCAUUUCUUGUGACUUUGGCAGUUUCUUGGUCGUCCGGCCGGAUGCUUGAGCAUGGCUACCACAUUAUCAUUCCGAUUCUGUUGACACUGGUUGGGUGCAUUGUGAUGAUCACAACGCUCAAUGAACCGCAGUACUUGGGAUUGCAAUGACGAGGAGGGCAAGAUUCACCGACCAAGCUACCGUGUAACGGGGGCCGGCGCUCUUUGGGUAUAGAUACGGAGUCCAAACCAGUGCGAGGUUUCCGAUUGAAUUAUUCGCAGCCAAGGC